AUGGCCUCCGAUAGCGGCGAUAGCAACAUGGACAGAGAAAUGAUUUUGGCUGACUUUCAGGCUUGCACUGGAAUUGACAACAUUGCAGAGGCAAUCACUCUGCUAGAGCUUAAUAACUGGGAUUUAGUGGCAGCCAUCAAUGGAGUGAUACCACAGGAGAAUGGGAUCUUACAAAGUAAUUUCUCCAGUGAAGCGAGCCAGGCCAACCUCUUUGGACCUCCUAACCAGUCAGAAGCAGCUGAGGCCGCAACAGGAGUUGUGGCUCCUCCCCCUUCCUCUUCAUCUUCGUCCUCUUCUCCUCCAUCAUCCUCAGGCUCCGCUUUCUGCCCCAUCAUCCCCUCCUCCCGACACAUCGUGGAGCGUCAGCCCAGGAUGCUCAACUUCAGGGUGGAGUACCGGCAGCGGUCUAUAGAGUUGGUACUGGAGGAGGGCAGCACAGUUGGAGAAAUCAAACAAAUCCUUGAGACAGAGCUUGGGGUUCCAGUAUCCAAAAUGCAGCUGAAAGGCUGGAAGAGUGGAGAUGUAUCUGACAGUACCGUGCUGAGAAGUUUACACCUGCCCAAGAACAACAGCCUGUAUGUCCUGACCCCAGACAUUGCCCCAACUGCCAGCACCAGCCAAAACAGCGCUCUCCAAGAGUCAUUAAACCAGAACUUCCUGCUGGUCAUCAGUCACCGCGAGGCCCAGCGGGACUACAGCCUCAACUUUCCUGGCUCCAGAACCAUACAGGAGGUGAAGCGGAACAUUUCAGACUUGACCAACAUCCCAGUGCGGCACCAACAGUGGGAGGGAUGGCCUGCCUCAGCGUCUGACGACUCUAUGACACUAGCUGUCUCUGGCAUCAGUUAUCCCUGCCAUCACCUCAGUGUGUGUCGAAGGUCCUCACCAGCCAAUGCACAGGAGCCCACAGAAGAGUGUCCAGAUGUCCACAUGAUCAGUGAUAGUGAGGGGGAUGAUUUUGAAGAUGCGUCAGAGUUCAGUGUGGACGAUUCAGAGAUGUUCGGAAUGGGCUCAUCAACCUGUCGGAAAUCACCCAUGAUGCCAGAAAAUAGUGAGAAUGAAGGUGAUGCCUUACUGCACUUUACUGCCGAAUUUUCUACAAGGUAUGGAGACAUCCACCCAAUGUUCUUCAUUGGAUCUUUGGAGGCAGCAUCUCAAGAGGCCUUCUAUGGCAAAGCUAGAGAUAGAAAGCUGCUGGCCAUCUACCUCCACAAUGAUGAGAGUGUCCUCAGCAACGUCUUCUGCUCCCAGAUGAUGUGUGCUGACUCCAUCGUCUCCUAUCUGAGCCAGAACUUCAUAACAUGGGCCUGGGACGUCACUAAAGAAGCUAACAAAGCCAGACUACUCACCAUGUGUACGAGGCACUUUGGCAGCGUGGUCGCACAGACUAUACGGACAUACAAGACAGACCAGUUCCCCCUGCUCCUCAUAGUCAUGGGCAAACGCACAUCCAACGAAGUUUUAAAUGUUAUUCAAGGUAAUUCGACAGUGGAUGAACUCAUGAUGAGGUUAAUGGGAGCGAUGGAGAUCUUCACAGCACAGCAACAAGAGGACAUCAAAGAUGAGGAUGAACGUGAGGCGAGAGAGAUGGUGAAGAGAGAACAAGAUGAGGCCUACCGUCUGUCUUUAGAGGCUGAUCGCAAGAAGAGAGAAGCCCAGGAGAGGGAAGAGGCCGAACAGGUGCGCCUGGAACAGAUGAGGAAGGAGCAGGAAGAAGAGAAGGAGGCCAUCCGCUUGUCGUUGGAGCAGGCCCUACCGCCGGAGCCCGACGACGAGCCGGGAGAGCAAAUCAGCAAGCUGCGUAUCCGCACACCAAGCGGCGAGUUCCUGGAGCGGCGUUUCCUGGGCAGCUGCAAGCUCCAGGUCCUCUUUGACUUUGUGGCCUCCAAGGGAUACCCCUUCGACGAGUUCAAGCUGCUCACCACCUUCCCCCGUAGAAAUAUCACCCAGUUGGAUCCAGGGUCCACUCUGUUGGAGGCCAAGUUGUUUCCGCAGGAGACGCUCUUCCUGGAGGCGAAAGAGUAGGAACUGGCCGCCCUAAAGGCCAAACAGACUGACUGACUGACAAACUGGCUGACACACACUUGUCACCGAGCAUGGGCCCCUCCAAAUCUGGGCCUAGAGAUACACACACACACACACACACACACACACACACACACACAUACACACACACACACAAAUCCCACCACCUCAGACAUGCAUAAACACACCGGCAUGCACAUACAAACAAAGACACACACACACACACACACACACACACGUUAAGUAAGCUUCUCUGCUCUCGGCCUGGUCGUGGUACAUGAAUGCCUAGUGUACACGUAACGCACAGAGGAGCAAAGACUGUUUCACAAGCACACAGCCAAACACUCGUUUCUCCUCUCCCUCCCUCCCUCUCCUGUCUUCUUCUCCCUCUUCCUCUCCCUCUCUCUAUCUCUUUCUGUCAUCUUCCCUCUCUCCCUGCUUUCCUUCCCCUCUCUCUCUCUCUCCCUCUCUCUCGCCCCUUCACCUAAAGACGACUGUGGUGUCAUGGUUUUCUCUCACAACACGAACACAACACAGUAUGAUAAAAGAAUUAAAGAGACUGAGUAGACAAAACAUUGUCACGAUUUCAAAACAAAAAAAAAAGGACUUCCUUCUCUCUACGUCCAACACACCAAGGCUGCUUUUUUUAGAACAUGUUUUUUUGUGUUUGAAGUAAAGAAAUGCUAAAAAAAUAAAAUAAAAUAAAAUAAACAGCAAGAAGAGACGUUACUCGGAGAAGGAUGGACUCAUAUCCACCUGUAUUUGCCUCCCCGUUGCCCGCAGACUCCACCUUUCACUCCAGCAGUGAUGCCCCCUCUGCCCCUCCCCACCCCAUGUCUCACCCCUUGCACCCUUUGGUCCACUAUCAGCCAGACGGACCGGACGUCCCGCCCCGAGGAUCUACUGUGCCCUUUUCUCUCCGCUUCCCCUGGUUUUAACAUCUGCUGCUCCACAAGCCAACAAAUUGCUCAGUUGUUCAGUUUUCUUUUUUCUUCUUUUUCUUUUCUUUUUUUCUUGAUCCUUUUUAAGUUUGAUGCUGUAUUAGUUUUAGUUUGAUAUACAUUAUAUAAAAUAUAUAUGAACAUGGA